AGUAGAAGAAAAGAGAAAGGAGAGCCAAUAGGGGCUUUCAGUUCUCUCUCCUCUUAUCUGCCCUCAAGCCCCAAAAUCACCGUCGCCGUGAAUCUACCUUUCCCCUGUCCAGAUAGAUAUCUGUUUUGCUACUGCUGUCAAAGAUCCUGAGUUCCCCUCUCCUCUUAAUGGCCAAUUUUUUUACAGAAACCCAGAAACUGUUACUGUGAAAGCUCCGCCAAUCUUCCAGUUCCACGUUAAAUGAUUGCCGUCUCUCUCUCUCUCUGUACACGAAGUUUGGCGGGUUGUGGGACACAGCCAAGACCAAGCUGGGGGUUAAUCACAAGAUUCCCCAAUCUUCCCGUCACAGAAAUAUUGGAUCUUGGACUCAUCUCUGUCCAUACUCACUCUCUCCUUCCCUUCCUCCAUUAUUGUAUUCUACUCCCACACCCCCAUCUCUUAUUAUUAUAUAUCCUUUCAGGCAAAUCGAAGAUUCUCACCACUUACAUUGAGGGUCAUUUUUUUAAGUCAAGCAAAAAGAAUUCGAAAUCAAGCUCUUUCCUUUUUUUCCCCACCCCUGCUGGGUUAAAAUAAGCAAAAUCAACUUGUGCCCCCUUUUUCCACCGGGGGGUUUGAUACUUUGAUUGCCAUUCCUAAUAAUUGAGGGAAGGAAAGCAGAGCAGAGCACCAAGCAACCCUUUACCUUUUUGGCUGGGUUUUAUUAUAUUCUAUUGAGAAAAUUUGGAUGCGUAUAUCAGCUGUACUGGACUCACUUCCCGCAAAGGUGGGUCGUCAAUCGUGGGUAGCGUGAACUGUGACAGAGAGGUGACAUAAUAUAUAUACUGAUAUCGAUACAGAGCUACUGUUGCUGAAAUCCUGAAACUGAAACGCCUAGGGCUAAAGGGAGUUUCUUGGGGAAAGGAAUCAGGUGACUUGGCUGUGUUGGCUGCUGGGCACUGGAUGGAUUGAUAAGAGCGGCAGCGGUUGAAGGCAGCAAAGGAAAACGAAAAGGGGCUGAUUGCAAUUUCCAGCGAAAACAAUGGGCUCAUUCUACAUCCUAUGAUACUCAAACGAAGGACCCAUCCAUCAUCUCAGGUUCUACUCCCUGCUGCUUUGCUUCCUGCUGCCUCUGGCUUUAGUAGGGUAGUUGAUUCAUCAGUGAGCUCUGCUACAGUUUUGCCAUCUUUCUCAGCAGUUCAUAUAAGGUGAGAAGAUGAGCGGAGCAGUGCUUGUGGCGGUUGCUGCUGCUAUUGGCAACUUGUUGCAAGGAUGGGAUAAUGCUACCAUCGCUGGAGCUGUUCUCUACAUAAAAAAAGAAUUCAAUUUGGAAAGCGAGCCAACCAUUGAAGGAUUGAUCGUGGCGAUGUCCCUUAUCGGAGCCACGGUGAUCACUACAUGCUCCGGAGCUAUAUCGGAUGCCAUCGGGCGUCGUCCUCUCCUCAUAAUCUCAUCUGUGUUCUACUUUAUCAGUGGUCUGGUCAUGUUAUGGUCCCCCAAUGUCUAUGUCCUACUGUUGGCGAGGCUUUUGGAUGGAUUUGGGAUCGGUUUGGCAGUAACCCUAGUACCUGUGUAUAUCUCUGAGACAGCACCUCCUGAGAUUAGGGGACUACUGAACACACUCCCACAGUUCACUGGUUCUGGUGGGAUGUUCUUGUCAUAUUGCAUGGUGUUUGGGAUGUCCUUGAUGGAGACACCUAACUGGAGAUUAAUGCUCGGGGUGCUAUCUAUCCCGUCUCUCGUCUAUUUUGGGCUCACUAUAUUCUUCUUGCCCGAAUCACCAAGGUGGCUUGUCAGUAAAGGAAGGAUGCUUGAGGCCAAACAGGUUUUGCAGAGGCUUCGUGGCAGAGAAGAUGUCUCUGGUGAGAUGGCUUUACUGGUUGAAGGGCUCGGUGUUGGUGGUGAAACAUCGAUUGAAGAGUACAUAAUCGGCCCUGACAAUGAAGUCAACGAUGACCAAGAUAUAUCUGGAGACAAGGAUCACAUCAAGUUAUAUGGGCCAGAAGCAGGCCUGAGUUGGGUUGCAAGGCCCGUCACUGGCCAGAGCAAUCUUGGCAUUGCAUCUCGACGAGGAAGCAUGGCAAGCCAGACAGCGUCACUCGUUGAUCCACUUGUCACCCUAUUCGGUAGCGUGCACGAGAAGCUUCCCGACACAGGAAGCAUGAGAAGCAUGCUUUUCCCGCACUUCGGCAGCAUGUUCAGUGUCGGAGGAGGUAACCAGGCUAGACACGAGGAAGAGGACUGGGACGAGGAGAGCCAAGCUAGAGAUGGAGAUGAUUAUCAGACUGGUGCUGACUCCGACGAUAAUUUGCACAGCCCGUUGAUUUCGCGGCAGACGACGAGCGUCGAGAAGGACAUGGUGCAGCCUGCUCACGGGAGCCUGUCGAGCAUGAGGCAUGGCAGUUUGUUGCAAGGUACUGCCGGAGAGCAAGGUGGUAGCACAGGGAUUGGUGGUGGUUGGCAGCUGGCGUGGAAGUGGACGGAGAGAGAUGGUAAAGAUGGGCAGAAGGAAGGAGGGUUCAAAAGGAUUUACUUGCAUCAAGAAGCAGGUGGGCCAGGGUCACGCCGUGGAUCUUUGGUUUCUCUGGCGGGUGGGGAUCAUGCCGUUGGUGGAGAAAGUGAAUAUGUGCAGGCUGCUGCUUUGGUGAGUCAACCGGCACUGUACUCAAAAGAUCUCGUGAAUCAGCAUCCAGUUGGACCUGCCAUGGUUCACCCUUCUGAAGCUGCAUCGAAAGGUCCGAGCUGGAGAGAUCUGUUUGAACCGGGUGUAAAGCGUGCUCUGGUUGUUGGCAUUGGUCUCCAAGUCCUUCAGCAGUUCUCUGGGAUCAACGGUGUCCUGUAUUACACUCCUCAAAUUCUUGACAAGGCUGGUGUUGGGGUUCUUCUUUCAAACUUGGGGAUUAGUUCAGCUUCUGCAUCUCUGCUUAUCAGUGGCGUCACGACAUUGUUGAUGCUUCCAUCUAUAGCUGUUGCUAUGAGACUCAUGGAUCUCUCCGGAAGGAGGACAUUGCUGCUGACUACAAUCCCGGCCUUGAUAGCAUCCCUACUGGUCCUAGUGAUUGGAAGCACAAUCAAUUUUGGCAGCGUAGUAAACGCAGCAAUCUCAACGGUGAGCGUGAUAGUCUACUUCUGUUGCUUCGUGAUGGGAUUCGGUCCGGUUCCCAACAUCCUCUGCGCCGAGAUCUUCCCAACUCGUGUUCGCGGACUCUGCAUUGCAAUAUGCGCGCUCACGUUCUGGAUAGGGGAUAUCAUAGUCACGUAUUCGCUGCCCGUGAUGCUAAACUCGAUCGGGCUGGCGGGUGUGUUCGGGUUGUACGCGGUGGUGUGCGUCAUAGCUUUAGUGUUUGUAUACCUGAAAGUGCCGGAGACGAAAGGAAUGCCCCUGGAAGUGAUCACGGAGUUCUUCUCCGUCGGUGCAAAGCAAGCAGAAGAGGAGAAGGAGAACUGAGGUUUUUGACUCUGGUGUUUUGUUGGUUUGGUGCGGUUUUGUAUUUUAGUGUACUGUUGGAAACAUAAUCUCUUUUUUUUUUUUUUGCCAUAAUGAAUUUUCUUUUGCUGUAGAAAGAAAGGAAAUCGACAAACAUCUUUUUUUUCUUCCUGAAAUAGAUUUUGUUUGCCUUUUAACAGUCCCCCAGUUGUUUAUUAUUGAGAUGCAGUGUCUGGUUUUUGCUUCUUCUGCUGUCUGAGUUUGGACCUGGACAGUGUUGACUCAUGCAUGUUCCUACUGUCAAUGAAACUGGGUGAGACUAACAUUUGAGUUUCA